GAAGUGCGCCAUUUUGGCUCAAACAAAGUCAGCUAUAUUUUAUCCCCGUUAAGAUGAUAUAAGUUGUUUUCAUGUUUUUUUUUUUCUGUUAAAAAUCUACAGGGCAUGACUGUGCUUCCCACAAGUUAACGUUUGAUGCAAGUGUAACAUUUUCUCGUUUUUAGAGCGUGCACGCAGUUAGUAAUGAUUAAAAGUCACAGCUGAGCUGUACUGCAAGCCAAGCUAACUUAACAUUUAGCUUUGCUGUUGCUGUUUGUUGUGACUGUGUGUGCAAUGGGUGGCUGCUCCGCUCCAAACUGCUCCAAUUCAACCAGCAUAGGCAAGCAGCUGUUUCGGUUCCCCAAAGACCCUGUGCGGAAGAAGAAAUGGGUGGUGAACUGUCGACGGGACUUUGAACCAACUCCUCACUCCAGACUCUGUCAAGACCAUUUUGAGCAGAGCCAGUUUGAGGAAAUAGCCAGGUCUCCAGCUGGGGGGAAGAAGCUGAAACCUAAUGCUAUCCCCACUCUGUUCAAUGUUGGAGAACCUCCCUACCCCGCAUUCACGGUUCCCUACAUCCUGCACCCUUUGAAACCUGAGCCAGUGGAGAAGGAGCUGAAUUUCGGGGACCAUGGCUAUGCGAGACGCACCCCUUUGCCUGGCCUGGAGGAGGAAGAUGUGGACAGAACAUCUGAAGAUCAGCAGCCUUGCACACAUUGCCAGCUGCUUAGGAAACAGCUGGAGCAGGAGAUGCAACACACUGCAAGGCUACAGAAAGAGGCUGAAGAGAUGAAGAAGCGUCUUUAUCGACUUGACCGGCUUGAAAAGGGUCUCCAGAACUUUCUGUAUGAGGACCAGAUCCGAGCCCUGUCACUCACCAAACGCUCCCGACGUGCUGUCUGGUCUCCAGAGACAAUCCUGAAAGCCCGGAAUAUCCGCUGUGCGGUUGGCACCAAGGGGUACGAGUACCUGAGAGAGAUUGGUUACCCGUUACCCUCCUAUAGGACUCUGUGUAACCGUUUGGAGACUAAGAUCAUGGUGACGACUGAUAUGAGCUGCGAGGAGCUAGCAGAGCUAGGCCUGGGGCUCAUGGCCACCUGCGACAGUCCCCCUGAAGUUGGAGAUAAUGAUGAGGAAGAACUGAUAGGUGUUUUGUCUUCUUAGCAGUUUGUGUGAAUUGCUAAAGACUAAAGAUAAGAUUUGCUGAAUUGCUGUGAGGGACAUUGUGCUUUGUAUCUCCUCCUUGAGUGACUUGUUGUGAAUUUGCUUUUGUUAUGUCAACUGGUUGCACUUGCAAAUGCUUGCAACCUAUUCUAUUAUAUGCGUGUGAUCAGCUGAUAAGAGAUGCUCAGACAGCAGUUACCCUACAGUUUUACUUGUAGUAUUUUCUUCCCACCCUACUGUUAUCCCAUCUAGAAUCAGAUACUGCUGAUUUUUUUUUUCAGGUCCCUGAUGCCAAAGAGGUAUUGAUAAAAAUAUAACCUUUGGUGUUGGUACGUGGCAUUAAGAGAAUCUAUUUGAAACAGCUUAAAUGUCAGCUUCCCUUAGCUUGACUAUAAUGCAGAAUAGGUGCUUGGCAAAAUCCAACUACCAUCAUGAGACCAGAGGUGGUAGGAGAAACAGUGAAGCUUAUUACAAGUGAAACAAGACUUUCCACCAGAAGACUGCAUUUCCUACUUUGGAGCUAGGUGUUUACUAAUGAGUUGAACAUAGGGAAAGACUGGGUUAAAAUCAAAUGAGCCCUUAACAAUGAUAAGCAAACACAUUGAGAUGUGGGGCUAUGAGUAUAGUGUGCAUUAAAAUCUGAUAUGUCAUGAGUUGUUAAACGAUUCUCGAUAUAAAAGCAACUGAGAGCAACCAGCACCAAAAGCAAAGGACACUGCUACGCCAGCAGCUUUGACAGAACAGCAGGAAACGGGGAUGGACUCGCCACCUAUGAAAAUGCUGACCCACUGUGAGCUUGAACAUGUGCAGAGCAUGUGUACCAUGUAGCUUGUUACUGAUUGUUGUUGAGAAUUGUUUAGAGGGAUCAUUUGCACAAACCCGACAAGUUUGAUGCUUGUGUUUUUAAAGUCAAGUGUCUCACGUCUGAGCUUGGCUGAUAUUUUACUGGCUCUGUUUACAUGUAUAAUAAAAUUAGUAUUUGGGAUAUUUAACUUUAUUUAAGUUUCAUAUAGACACAUCUCAUUACAGAGUGUUCCCUCGACAUUGUGAUUUUUUUCUUUUUUCUUAUUUAUUUUCAAUCUUUCUAUCUUUUUGUUUUGUUUUUUCUUUUUUCUUUUUUAGGGUGGGGUGUAAAGCACGUGAUUUAUGUCUUUAACCACAAGACGGGUUUAGUAUCAAACUAUAUUGUUCAAUCAUACCUCUCCAAUUUAAGCAUUAAUAAAACUGAAUUUCUGUACCUUA